UCAAUUUUGGUCAAGCACACACGCGCAGGGCCAAGAACAUCCACUCGAUUCCUUCACAUCCAUACUUCGCCAUGUUCUCUCGUCGUGUCCGUUCAUUCUUGGCGAAACAUGCUACGAGGUCUACACUCCCAGCCAGGGUUGUCCUUGCACGGGCGCCAGCCGUGGUCUCUCGCUGCGCUACGCCCAUCGCCUCACGGACCUUCGUCGCAUCUUCCUUCCAGCGCGGCCAAGGGACCGUCGACUCUGAACUAUCCGCCAAACUCUCUAGUGAGAUUCAAAUUGAGUCAGAAAUGAAGGAAUACGAAGACAUGCCGGAAGCUGUGCAGACUUUUUUGCAAAGUUCCUCCUUCACAGUGGAAGAUCUGCCUGGUACGGAUGAAGUCACGCUGAGUAGAACCUUUGGCAAUGAGGAGAUCAAGAUUGUCUUUUCAGUGGCAGACAUGAAUAAUGCAGAGGAGGCAGCGGAAGAGUUUGAGGAUGAAUCAACCGAAACGGACGCGAAGCCUGCUGCAGAGGCCACGGAGGAUGGUGCGGGCGAGGAUGGAGAGGCAGCGAGCUUCCCUGUGCGAUGCAACAUUACCAUCACCAAGGACUCUAGCCCAGCAGCUCUGUGCAUCGACACAGUCACGCAAGACGGCAUCUUCAUCAUUGACUCGAUGGUUCUCUACAAGGAUGCGAAACUCGCCAAGACGGACUCAGCGGAAGCAGAUUGGAAGCGUCGCGAGGCCUACAUGGGCCCUCCUUUCAGUAAUCUGGAUGAGGACUUGCAGAUUCUAAUGGAGAAGUUUUUGGAGGAACGGGACAUCAAUACUGCAUUGGCACUGUUCAUCCCGGACUAUGUGGAUUACAAGGAGGCGAGGGAGUAUGAGGCUUGGCUCCAUGGUCUCAAGGACUUUGUUGAUGCCUAAGUUUGCGUAGUCGACGUAUGACAAUGAAAGUGUUCCCUCCUGGUUGCCAGCUGACAUAUGACGACGCCGACAAUGACAGUGAAGUAGGUCUUUGUAUAUACAUGGCCGCCAGCCGUGUCGUCGGGUCUGGAGCAGAGGGUGAUAAAUGGUUGAUUCCACUGUUUUGUUGAAGGUAAAGAGAUACAGUAUUCGCAUGCGCCCACCUCUCAAGCUCUCACAGGUUCACGGGCAGUCCCACAUCAUUUCUUCAACCGUACCUCCUCGAACAUAACCCGCGCA